ACUGCGACUCCCUCGCUUCUCCCUCCGACUUUCUAGAAGUUGAAGAGCCUCAGACGUCCCCGCUUUGAACCUUCUCGUCGGAUUCUGCAUCCGUUGUCCGCCAACUGCUAUCCACCCUGUUCGUCCACUUUGUUGUUUGCCUGACAGCCGGAGCCACUUCCAUCCAAAGCGGAUCGCGAGUCCUUUAGUCUUACCAUUCCCCUUGCCCCAUUUAAGUCGUCUUCGCCUUCUUUAAGCUAGUGUGGGCAAUCGUUUUUGUUUUUUUCUACAAUUCUCAUCAUAUUGUCGGAGCCGCAUUCGCAUUUGCCAUGGAUAUCAAUGACUUGUUGUCGCCAUCAGAAUCGCCUGUUAAACAACAAGCUUCAGCACAGUCGCGUUCCGCAUCGCCCGUCAGAUCAAGAGCCCAGCCACGUCCUGGUGGUAGACGCACUGCAUCCGGACUCAGCAAUGAAAUCUCCAUGACCUCGCCGCCGUCGGAGGCCCCACGUUCGGCGCCUGCGCUAGGACAGGAUUUCACCAACCAACAUCAAAGAAAUGCAUAUGCCUCGUCAUAUAAUGGCGCGCAGGACAUGAGAGGCUUCAGAAGCAAUCUGGACAAUCCCGAAAUGAGAGGCUCUUACGGAGCGUCGCAAGCUCAUCGACCAUCGCUUCAGUACGUCUCCGGCCGGCAUUCGUCAACGCCGCAGAUGGAGACUUUGGCAGAUCUUGCUUCGAUGCAGCAUCACCAAUUACAAAGACAACACUCCUUGGUCGAUUCACAUUUGCCAUCAAUUAACCGACGAACCAGCUUUGCGCCACCACUCGCCCGCUCUGCUCUUUCUUCUACGCAAGUCGCCAUGGCCGAGGCUCCAGCACAAACGCCCGAGCCACGCGCCUUUACGGCUGCUUCACUGACGGAGCAAGAAAUUCAGACAACUACCGAAUUGGUCAAAUAUCUGGCCGAAAACUCCUACGCUUACGACUCUCAUGUACAACUUAUUAAUCUCCUCCAUAAAGGAUUUGUCGCCCAUGUCUACGGUACUUCGGACGUGGUCAUCAACGACCCGAGGGACUACAACCUCCUGCCUGAUAUGCGACAAGCACGUGAGGCUAUGGACUCCCGGUUUGCUGUUGGUGAAGAUAUCUGGAAGGACUGGAUCAACGACGAAGCCCUCUUAGCUCGCCAAAGCGAAGAACGCGUUGCCGUGAUGGACCUGUGCCAGAAGGCUGUGCAGGACGAACCGACCAGUGUUACGUUAUGGUGUAUCUACGGUGAAUGGGUCAUGCAGACUUACUCCAUCGCCAAUGGCUUCACUGAAGGUGACCCUGAUGUCUGGACGGAAAUCGACAAGGAGAUUUGCAAGGAGGUGUUCAGUCGCGAUAUCUGCAUGAGUGUUUGGGAAAGAGCCGUGGAGGCCACAGCGUGGCGCAUAGACGAAAGCCAUCGUGUAUGGGACCGAUACAUCGACCUUAUGCUCCAGGAGUUUCCGGAAAACCCAUCUUCUCAAGCAAUUGAGCACAUCAACAACAUCUUCAUGAGUCGUCUUCAGACUCCUCAUGCAAAUUGGUCCGAAACUUCGUCCAAGUUCUGGCCCAUCGUCUCGAAGUUCAACGCGAGCAACUGGGAAGAGAUAAUGGCGGCCACCAACGAGAUGGCUGCUCCCGCUAAGCAACAAUUAGCGCUCCGGGAGUCACACGAGCUGAAUCUCCAGCGAGCAACCGAAUCUGGUGACAGUGUAGCCCUCUACAACGCAUUCACAGAAUAUCUUCUCUGGGACCGCAAGAACAAACGUCGCUCCCCUUUCGAUUUUGAGCUUCGAUGUUCUUUAUAUGAGAGAGCACUGCUACGCUUCCCUACGGUCAUCGAGUGGUGGCUCGAUCUCGCUGACUUCGUGUUGAAGACCAACUCUAGCAGUCCGGUCAUUCUGACAAUAUUAGAAAGAGCCACCAGACAUUGCCCAUGGUCCGGCGACCUGUGGUCGAGACGUGUCCUACGCGCCGAAGUAGACAGACUUCCGUACGACGAAGUCGAGCAAGUCAAGCACAAGGCUACAAAUAGUGGUCUGCUUGAUAUUGGUGGAAUGGAAGAAGUCCUCAAGGUGUAUUCCUCAUGGUGUGGUUACCUUCGCCGUAGAGCCUUUGCGCCGGAUAACACUGAUGAUGAGAUCGAUAUGGCUGACAUGGGCAUCACCGGUACUCUCGAGGAUGCCACUGUUGCUGGCAAAAAGAUCUACGGCGGUGACUACAAAGGCGAUCCUUUAUUCCGCCUAGAGAAAAUCCGUGUCAAGUUCCUGCUAGAAGCUCGACGUUACCAGGACGCCAGAACGGUGUAUGAGCGCUUGAUGCCGACUCAUGCCGCCAGUGCAGAUUUUUGGCUUGCUUUCUACAAGUUCGAGAUCUUGGUAUGGGCUCACGAUCGAAUGUCUGAUACAGUCCGCAUCGAGACCCACGAGACAGCGCCCCGAAGAGCUACUGCUGUGCUUCGAGAAGCUUUGAACCAAAGAAAUUUGGACUGGCCCGAGAAGAUCCUGGAAGUGUGGGUGAAUCAUUUCCAUCAGCACGAAUCUCCCGAAGCUUUGCAAGAGGCACAGGCAGAUGCUCGUACCGCACAGUUCUUCCUUACUCAAAGACGAGCUAGAGAAGCAGCCGAUGCUGCAGCGGUGGCCGCCGAAGCACAACCUCAGCCGACCAAUCUUGGAACCAUCUCCGAAGAGGAGUCGACAACAUCUAAGAGAAAGCGCGAGAACGAAUCGGAGCAAGAGGCCGAGGAUGUUGUCAAGAGAAACAAAACCGGAGAGGAUUCAACUAAGCCUCCAUUCCACGAAUCAUCAGCUUCGGCCUCGGCUCAGAUCAAACGCGAUAGAGAGCACAACACAAUCACUGUCAAAGAUCUACCAAGCGAUGUUACGGAGAUUCGUAUACGACAGUUCUUUGCCGAUUGCGGAAACAUUCUUUCUGUUGGCAUAGUAGCUGACGAUAAUGCAAUGACCGCACAUGCCACCAUUGAAUUUGAGACUGAAGAAGAUACACUCUCUGCCAAGACUAGAGACGGAAAGUCUUUCGAUGGAAACACUAUUCGCAUACAAUCGGGAACCCUUUCGACUCUCUACGUGACCAACUACCCCGCUGAUUGGGACGAAGUCAAGGUCCGUGAGAUGUUCCAGGAUUUCGGUACCAUUGUCAGCGUUCGUCUGCCUUCUCUCAAAUACAAUCAGCGACGUCGCUUCUGUUAUGUGCAAUUCCUUACGCAGGAAGAAGCUCGUGCCGCAACAGCGAUGAACAACAAGGCUCUUGAUGGUCAACAUCGUCUCGUUGCUCUGAUCUCUGACCCUGGUGCAAAGAAGGAGCGUUCUGGCGCUGUCACGGAAGGUCGUGAGUUGCACGUUGCCAACAUUGAUCGCAAUGCCACCGAGACGGAGAUUCGCGAGCUAUUCCAGCAGCACGGUACUGUUGAGGGUAUUCGCAUGAUCAAGAACGUAGGACAAAAGUUUAUCGGAACUGCGUUUAUCAUCUUCUCGAAAGCAGAAGAGGCCGAUGCGGCAAUGGUGCUCAAUAACAAGCCAUUGUUGACUCGCCUUUUGCGUGUCAGUCACGCGACAGACAAGAGCUCGGCAAAGAAGGACACUGCGACCACUGUUGUUCAGCAAACCACAAGUGGCUCGCCUGCACCCGAGGGUGGUCAGAACGGUUCUACUGAGGCGACCAACGGACGUGGUGAGCUCGCUGCACCCACUGGCGAGCUCAAUGAGGAGACAGCAAAGACAAAACGCGAGCGCACCGUGGCCCUGCUCAACCUUCCCGACACAGUCAACGACGCACGCAUCCAAUCUUUCCUCCAAACCUUCGGUCCUCUCCGCAAAAUUACGGUCCGUCGCGACAAAGCAGGCGCAAUGAUCGAAUUUGUAAACCUCCAAGACGCCGCUAAAGUCAGCAUGGGAGUUGACUGCAGCCCCCUCGGCCCAGAAGUACGCAUCGGCACAGUCGAACAACUCCUCUACAAGUCCAAAGCUAAAGACCCUGUCGAGCCUAAACCAGCCACUUCUUUCAAACCUGCUCAGGCUGGUAUCUCCAGACCUGUUCAGAGAGGCGGCCAAGGCAGACGUGGUGGAUUGGGCUUCAAGCGUGGUGGUCUUUCUGCUGGCUCUGGAGUUGCAAAGUCGUCGGAGGGGGGGCAAGACAAGACUAUGAGUGGUACAGACGAGACCGAGGCCAAAGUAAAAAGCAACGAUGAUUUUAGAGCAUUAUUCAACAAGGGCAAGGAGGCCAACACUACCGCCGAGGAGAAGAAGGAGGAGACGCAAAAGUAGUGAGCCACAAAAGGCAUGAACAAAAAGGGGACGACAAGACAGCGGUCGAAAGUUUUUUAAUAAAUGGGGAAAAAGGGUGUGACCUUUAAUAUUCAAGCAAUUACCAAAGAAACGAAAGAAAACUUGUAUCUUCUAAUAAAUUGCUUAACAUGUACGACUUUCUCUGGUAUCUGGAAACUGUCUAUCUAAGAUUUCUGAGAAAAAGGGGAGAAAAAACAAUGAUAUGUUUGGGA